ACUUACUACAGACUUAGCAGGAUAAAUAAAUAACUAAAUAGAUAGAUAAAUAGAUAAGUGCCCCUGAACUGAGGAAUGGAUGGCGAAGGCUGGAAUGUGACUGUGUUGCUAGGGAGAGGUGAGAAAGGGGAAACCGGAGCAUGGGCAAGCAGGCUGCUGAUUGGCUGGCGCCCGGAACGCGCAACAGGGCUAGAGCGUGGCAGGUAAGAGUUUCUUCAGUCAGUCGCUGGCCAGCCGGGGCAGCGACUGGGCCUGCUAAGAGUCGCUCUGCCUCGACUGAGGGUCCCAAGGCGGAGCGGUGGCUCUUUGGGCCCCGCCCCGCCCCGUCCCCCGGGGUUCCUGCCCGGACCUCCCGGGUCCCGGCUGCUGCGGCCCCAGCGGAGGCCGCGGCGGCGCCUGCGCGGUGCGGCCCCAGAGCCACCGGUGGUGGUUCCCAGCCUGGCUGUGAAGAUGGCGGACCGCGCUGUCGCCAGCGCCAACGGCAGCUCAUCCUUGCGGGGUACACAGGAACGAAUGGUUGCUGUGUCUCAAACUGACGCAGAAGAAAAACGUCAAAGUCGCAUUAGCUCCUUAGCUACUCAAUCUCAUAAUGCAAGACCAGCUUUUAAACCAAUGGUAACCGAUAGCUCUGUUCUUAAAAACGACAUGAAGCAAAGAUUAGCAAAAGAACGUAGACAAGAAAGAAAACGACAAGAGGAAGCCAAUAAAGAGAUGCAACUCCUUGAGAAGGAACGGAAAGCAAAACUUCAGUUUGAAAAGCAACUGGAAGAAAAACAACGGAAGAUAAAAGAGCAAAAAGAAAAGGAUGAGCGAAGGAGACUAUCUUCAGAAAAGAGAAAACAGAAUUUAGAAGCUGAAACAGAGAAAUAUAGAGCUGCUGUUUCGCGUACUAUGCAAUGGAGUACUCGUUUUGAUCAGCGAUCAAAGAGAUGUUCAUGGGACGGUUCUACUGAGAACACUGAAAAUAAAAAUGGAAAAAGAGAACUUAAAAGAAGCUCAUCUCUGAAUAGAAAGGACAGAAGAGAGCGCUCUCAUGGUGACAACCAGUAUGUGAACAAGCCAGUCAUCAGCAAUCAUGUCCUUCGUUAUAUACAAGUGCCAAUUCGUAGCCACAGCAGUGAUGAAUUGAAGACUUCCACCGUGCUUUCUAUGUUAGGAGUCAAAAUGAAUCUUCACACAAAGUUAGAUAUGACUCCCCUGGAGAAAGCAGACACCCCUCUUGAAGCAAAUCCAUCUAAGCAGUCAGAAGUGCCACCUGAAGUGAUCGUGGAGGUGCCCCCCCAGGUGAACGUGGAGGCAGCCCCCAAAAUGAACAUAGAAGUGACCCCCAAGGAGAAUGUGGAAAUGCCUCCUCAGGGGAAUACAGAUGUGCAACCUGCUGUACACCCCAUGGUGAGCAUAGCUACUACUCCCAUGGCUAGCAUGGAAUCCCCUGUGUUAAGCUUAGACUCAUUGCCUUUGAGCGUGGAAUCAUCCCCAUUGGUGAGUGUGGAGGCAUCACCAGUGGUGAGUUUGGACACCUCCCCUGAGACCAGCAUGGCUAUAUCUCCUGAAGUUGGCAUAGACCCAGCUAGCAUGGAAGCGUCCACUGAGACAAAUGCGGAUGAGACCAGUGUGGAAGUCCUACCCGAAGUUAAUGUAGAAGAGAACUUGGAAGCUCAUCUUGAGGGAAAAGCUGGAAGAUCAUCAGACGCAAGUAUGAAAGGACCAUCUAAGGAUAGCAUAACACCUCCUAAAGUGAUUGUAGAUGUGGCAUCACAGACAAGUGUAGACAUGCCAUGCAAGAAACCAGAACCGAAAACACAGAUUUCAAACCCUGUAAUCAAAAAGCGUCCAUCAUCACACAUACCUUGUUAUAGAUGGCCAUCAUCUGCCCGUGGGUGGCGUUCACCCUCUCCAGUAUAUACUACUAGCACACAUUUGGUACUUUUUCUCAGCAAACAGAGUCAAAGGAACCAUUCGUCAUCACCUAUUCCAGUUUUACCAUCAAUACCAGCACAUACUUCUCUGUCGUACAAAAUAACACCUGUCCAAUGUACUGUAUUUGUGCCAAAUGCAUUAGGUUCCAUCAGAAAGAAGAGAAGAACAGUGUCUACGAGUAAAUCUGAGGGUGAUGUCCAAAAACACAAUCUGAAAGAAGACAUGGCAGAUGAAGAACCAGCAGAAGUACAAGAUGAAGAUGGAUUUCAAGUACAAGGUUUAAAAAUGAAUAAAGAAUUCCAGCCAGAAGAUGAUCACGGAUUUCCCCAGAAAGGGGAUACCAAAAUAAAAAAUCAGGAAGCUGUGGAGAAACACAAGAAGGGACAUGAAAGAAUCAUGUUACAAAAUUUGCAAGAAAGAUUAGAAAGAAAAAAGCUACUCACUCACUGUCUUGGGGUCAUUGUGUUGAACAAUGUUGAGCACAAGAUAACAGAACAUGUUUUUGAAAAACACAAAGCAGAUGUGUGUUAGCCCC